ACUUCGAAAUUCCAGUUUCAUGACUGAACUAGUACCCAAAUCACAGCCGUGUUAGCGAAUGUCAGGUAAAAGCAGGAUCAGACCAGGGUAAAGCAAGCACGUGGAAAUGUUGUUCGUGAACAUCUUAACUGCAGCUGAAAGAGUUGAUCAUGCACGGUCAUGCGCUAGUAUAUGUGCCAUGAACACACCAACCAACCAAGCACCAUGCACGGUGCUCAUCUUGAGUGGCUGUUUCCUCGCCUUCCACCUCUGCAACUUGGGUUCGAAUCUCACCUAGGUCAGCAUCAAAGAUCGUGUAGCGCUGCGUGGUUUUGGUUCAGGCCGGCCCUAGCCCAGGUUGGACUGACCCUCCGUAACGUAGUACAGUCAGGGAGCCCACCUGGGCUAGGCCGGCCCCAGAACUGUGGGGUCCGAUGUCAGACCCCAUACACUGGGGGUAGCUUUGGUGAUACAACAUGUCAUCAUUAGAUCAGCUGACUUCAUCUUUGGGGAACAGUACCCAACGCUGCCUUGUGGGUCCAGGGGUGCUUGAACAACUCAGUGUGCCCAUUGGAAGCUGGUGCAUCGUUGAGCUUGAUGGAUGCAGGAGUAUCUGCUCCUUGUGGGUGAGGAACGACCUCCAAGAUGGGCCAAUAGAGGUCCAAGACACAGUCACUCUUCCCUGUCAGGAGACCAAAGCCGGAAAAAUGUUCCAAUGGAGUGACAUCUCUGUUGAAUCCAUUCAACCGGUGCCGACACCAGUUCCUUGCGAGGAAGUCACUGUCUCAGUCCUGACUGACUUCAAGCAUCUGAGAAGCCUUCAGCAGGUACCGAGGGAGGCUGUGAUCAGACAGCUCAGGCAGCUGUUGAUGGGUUGUGUGGUGAUGGACAGAUGCACAGUGUCUUUGCCAUCUGAUUCUGACUUUGCAGGGCCAAAGAUAUCGCAUAUUGUCGUAGAGAAAUGCAGUCGUCAAAGGAAGACUGAACUUGACAGGCCAAAAGCAGCUGAACAGAGUACAGAAAAAGAAUAUUUAAGUUCUUUGUUGGUAGAGACGCCACCGGAGGAGGUGUCUGUCGCUUUGCCCCCAAACUCACAAAAGACAAAUGUUGCAUCAGUGGUUACUGAGGACAAACAUCCCACAAUGCCCUCCAUUGAUAAAACUGUACAUGAGCCAAGCAUAGAUUUGUCACCAUCUGUCUUUAAUGCGACAUGUAGAAUAUCAUCUAGUGAACACACAGGUAAUCAAGCAAAGAACAACUCAGUAAUUUCAUCAGCAGCAGCAUCUGUCAGCAACAACUCUCGACUAAAUGAGUAUUCAAAAUCUAGUGACUCGGUGAGAGAGCUAACUCUCCAGUUGAUCAGUGAGCAAACCAAAAUUAGAAUCAAACACAUCACAAGCACAGAAACCUUACAGCAUGUAUACAGCCAGACAAGUGUUAAGGUUGGAGGACUUGACGAAGCAGCAUCCUUGCUACGAAAACUCAUCGAGUAUCCUGACGAGUACCCCGAGUCCUUAAAGAAACUUGGCCUCCUGCAGUCUCAUGGAAUUCUGCUGCGAGGACCACCUGGAUGCGGGAAGACAUCGCUCAUGCUUUCAGUGGCAUCUCAAUCCAAGGUAUGCCUCCUGCAAGUCAGUGGAGCAGAAAUCUUCGGAGCCAGUCCUGGAGAAAGCGAGUCCAACUUGCGUCAGAUUUUUGACAGGGCCUUUGCAAUAAGUGAAACCCAUCGCUGCGUACUGUUCAUUGACGAGCUGGACGUCUUGUGCCCAAAGAGGGACUACACGAGUGGCAGCCACGAGAGCCGGGUAGUCGCCGAAUUGCUGAUGCUUAUGGACGAGGUCAGGGGUCAUAGUAAGGUUCUGGUUGUUGGGGCAACAAGCAGACCAAAUGUGCUUGAUCCAGCACUCAGACGGCCUGGGAGGUUUGAUCAAGAGGUUUUAGUGGGUAUGCCCUCCACCUCACAGAGGGUAGCCAUCCUAGAAUCACACUGUCAGGGUAUGUGUCUUGCUGGUGAUGUUGAUCUGCGUAAUCUCGCCGAACGAUGCAGUGGCUUCAGUGGAGCCGACUUGGCUUACCUUUGCCAGCAGGCAAUCUUCAGCGCUCUGGAGAGAUCGAUAGGUGAUGGUAGCAAGACAGUAGAAUCCUCGAGGAAGUUGGAGUGCCCUACUGUGAUGAUGGGAGAUUUCACUGGUGCCCUGAGUCACGUGACACCUUCCCUUCAUCGUGCAGCAGGAUCAGUUGUGAAGGAGCUACAGCCAGUCCCAUGGGAAGCCAUUGGUGGGUUGGCGCAAGUGAAGGCACAGUUAAAACAGGCAGUGGAGUGGCCUAUGAAUCACUGGCAGAGCUUUGUUCAUCUAGGCCUAGCGGGGCCGUCCGGCGUGUUGCUGUAUGGCCCGCCAGGCUGCUGCAAGACAAUCCUAGCUCGGGCAGCGGCCACAGCGUGUCACGCCAGCUUCCUCGCCCUCAGCUGUGCUGAGCUGUACUCGCCGUUUGUAGGUGACUCGGAGAAGAUCAUCACAGAGGUUUUUCGCAAGGCUCGACUGACAGCUCCUUCAAUUGUCUUCCUGGAUGAGCUUGACUCCUUGAUUGGAGGGCGGGGUACCGAAAAAGGGCGUAACCUGUCCGAACGUCUCCUGUCCUGUCUCCUGGUAGAAAUGGAUGGAAUAGGUGUGUCCAUCGAUGAAGAGAUCCCUAGUGUAGACGGUAUGGGCAACAAAACAACUCAGGCAGAGUUCAGGAGACCCAACGUUUUGGUGGUUGCCGCUAGCAACAGGAUAGACCUCAUUGAUGCAGCCCUGCUCAGGCCUGGUCGCUUUGAUUGUUUGAUCUACGUACCGCCACCUGAUCAAGAGGCAAGACAGGAGAUACUGGGAGUGCACACCAAGAACAUGCCCUUAGCUGGUGAUGUGAACUUGACGGAGGUAGCCAAGGCAACGCACAUGUACACGGGAGCCGACCUAGAGGGGCUGUGCAGGGAGGCUGGACUUCUAGCCCUCCAAGAACAUGGACUGGACCAGUCUGAAUCCUGCCUCAUCCAUCACAGACACUUUGUGAGUGCCUUAGACUGGUGCCGACCAUCGCUAACUGAGGAGCUGGUUGCUACAUAUCAGGAGACAAACAGUCACAAGACAUACAAAUUCAGGUGAAAUAAUUUCCCAUCCGGCAAAAGAAAUCUUACCCAACUCGAACAACUCAUUCAUAAAGUACUGCGAUUUAUACAUGUUUAUAAGUUGAAUGCUUGGGUUUUAGAUAGCUAACAUCUUGUUGAAACAAAUUGAAUGGCUACCAUUAAAAACAUUUGAAGCUGGAGUAUCUUGUAACUACAAGACGUGUUGUCAAACCUCUGUCAUGAAUUCUGUAGUGUCAUGGGCCCAGAACGAUUACAUGAUUGAGCAUUAAUAUACAAAUACAGUAUGGUUUAAGGGAAAGUGGCGGGAAUUCCGAAGUGUAGGUCAGUUUGACUACCUCCAAACGCGAAUCCCAGAAAUAAAUGAUGCUGUAUUUUUUGUUACUACACGUCUGAAAUUAUUCAUGAGCAAAUUGACACAAUAUUAAAUUCAAUGUCAACAUACAAUUUGUUUCUGAGCUGGUGAGUUCCAUGUGUUUGGCAAGAGCUACAAUAGACUGGUUCCGUUAAGAUUACAUGCCAAAGAUUACAUGUCUACAAGAUAGGUACCAGAGGGACUUUUUGAUGCUACCAUAAAAAAACUACCAUACGGCAGCGAGCUGGAUGCUCACCGGUAUGACGUCACCUGGACAUGUAUCCGCUCUACUUCCCAGAAGCGUAGCAAAAUUGGCUAAUGACAUGCUCCAGUUUGCUCAUAAAUACUUAUGAGUGUAGUAAAAAUGCAUAUCACCCUCACUGUGGAUAUCACACAUCAGAGCUGUCUCUUCAUGGUAUUAUAGACUAGUCCCCGCCCCUCACUCCACACAAGAAUGCAAGGACUGUUAACCAGACUAUUCAUUGGUACCUCUGCUUCUUUGACCUACAUACAGUUGAUAAUUUUGAACGCUAGAGCAAGCAGUGAACUGGCCAAGGCUUUCAAUACGGUCCGUUGUUGGAGCACCGCAAUUUUUUGUCGACUGUUGAAGUUUGUUUCUCCUCAACACAGUGUCUGCUGAGCUUGAAUACACAGGCAGAUGCUUCUCCCCAAAUGGUUUUUUUGAGAUAUAACUUUCAAGCAAGUAAACAAGAACACCACAAACCGAUAUAGUGAUGCACCUAUUCCUUGUACAACUUUCCAUGCCGGAACGGACCGAGAUCCUCAUUAUUUCAAUGAAUUUUGAAACCUUCAGGUGAAGAGAACGUUUCAAAGAAUUUUAAGAUGGAUGUAAACAGUGGCAUAGCCAUUGGGGGCCGGGGCACGCCCCCCCUUAAAAUUCCCGGUGCCCCCCAGGUGCCUCCCCACUGAAAAAAAACGGAUGAAUAUUGAAAAAGGCUAACAAAAACUUACCCCAAAAACCGCACCACUGAAAGCUGGUGCCCCCCCCCCUUUGUAAAAUCAGAGCUACGCCACUGGAUGUAAAGCAAAACAGUUGUUGACUGCCGAUGUGGGACAUUCACCUAUCCUCAGGUAUAAUAACAUAUCCCAGAUCAAAGGAGUCAAUAUUAAUCUCCAUCCGUGUAAGUGGACAGUCUCUGUCUCUUGGCCGUAAUUAUCAUGUGAAGCACAGCUGCCACAAGUCUAACAAAUAUGAAAGCCAUUUGACAAAUCCCGUAGUGAUUUCAGCAAGUCAAUCGUACAAGUUCAUCAUGUUGAUCCAAUGGAGCAUAAAAAAGUGCAUUUAGGCCCAGAUUGUUCCCCAAACUGACACAAAUUGACACAUCGUCUGUUUGGUGCUUUGGUCCUGGUUUAAUUGAAAUUCAUUCACAUCAAUAACAAAUCAAAUGAUAGUGAUGCACUCACAAGUAUUACCAUGGAAUUCAGUUCUAAUUCUCUCGCAUGAAGUCAAUCUUUCAUUAAAAGAAAGCACAAAAAAAUCCACCCAUAUCAGAUCCUACAAAUGCAUAAAUUUGGAUUCAUACAAAACUAUUCAAAUAAAUUAAAGAUUUCUGUUUUCAAUUUCUCAGCAAGAAAUGUGUAAAUACAUGUAAGGGUGCAUUUUAAACAGUGUAUGAUUAUGAAUACUAACCCUUCUGAAGCAACCUACAAAUACAAUGUAUUACAGAUUUUGACAGAAAUUCUAGGAGUUUACGAGAAUAACAGGAGAAAUAAAGCCAAUCUGUAUAGCUUUUCAAUUAAUGCUACAAACCAUUUUGCUGGACCUACAUUGCCAAUGUCAAUACAUAAAAGUAAGGCUCCACUCUGUCCCAUAGACCCGUAUCAAGGUGCUGCCAUGUUUGUCUUGUCGCCUGUAGACCCAUUAACAAUAUUAAUACAACCUCACAUAUUGAUAAAAGGGAACAGACUGUUUUUCCUUCCAGCCCCAUUGGCUUAAAUGGUAGAAAAGCAAGAUGGCUGCUGUAUGAUAGAGGACAAUAACGUUCAGUGAAUCUGGAUUAUUUUUACUAUCUGACACUACCUUCAAACCCUUUAGACAGAGCUUUUUUUACCAAAGCCCAUGCCAGUUGAUAUACACAAAAUUUUAAGAGGAAUGAAUGCAAGAGAAGUCAUCAGAAACUGUCAGGAAUGUCUGCAGAAUUAAAAUGCACGAUCAAAUGCACUGGGAAAAUGCAAUUUAAGUUAGGCAAAGUUCAACUUUGGUAUCAACAGCUGUGCGUUAUCUUAUUCAUAUUUCUGCUUGCUUUCUCAUUGAGACUGACCACACCUUGAUGAGCUGGUCUUUGGCUGAGCUGGUCUCCAUUGCACAGAUUUCAUCAGUGACUAAGAGAUAAUGCAUGGAUCUUUGACUUCUUCAACGCAGGAUGUCAAAGAUAGAAGCUGCUUACAAAGUAUUGCACGCAAGUCAGUUCCAUGAACCAAUUCUAUGUGAAUUUAUUCCAUUUGCUAAGUGUGUUGACGUGUUUUCUUAUAAAUGACACAAACGUGUGAUCUCUGUAGCCAGUUUAAAUGAAGGUCCUGAGCAGAAACUAUGCUAAGAGUCAAACAAGCUCAAGUUACAAUUUUAACAAGGUGAGUGUAGUUCUAUAAAAUGUGGUUGAACGUCUAGCAAAAUCAAAUCUGAAACAUCCGUUUGGGUGUCCAGGCUCGUCAGUUUUGAUUGUGAUUGAAAUAUGUUCCUAAAAAUGGCUUUGCUCCAAACUUUAAUAGGGCAUGAUCGGUCAGUUUGCACCAUCCUUUGAUCCUGCUGUGCUAUCAGUUGAUCUGGUAGGAAAUACUGGACUCCUCCCCCACAAAAAAAAA